CAAUCCUUUGCUCUCUUCCCUCCUUCCCGGACUCUGGGGGCGGGGCCACGAGGGCGGCGAAGAGAGACCAGAGCUGGAUCCAUCUGCCAAGAGGGCUCGCUGGGCUUGGAAGGAUCAGCAGCAGGCGCUGGAGAUCUGAUUAGUUGUGACAAUGCGUGAAUACAGUGAAAACAAGGAAACAUGUGGGACCAUCUGCCUCAAAUACCUGCUCUUCACCUUCAACUUCUUUUUCUGGCUGGCAGGUGGAGCUGUAAUGGCAGUGGGCAUCUGGACUCUGGCUGAGAAGAGUGAUUACAUCAGCCUCCUGCAGUCCAAUACAUACAUGGCGACAGCCUACAUCCUGGUGGUGGCAGGUGUCGUUGUCAUGAUCACUGGCAUCUUGGGUUGCUGUGCCACAUUCAGGGAGCAGCGGAGCCUGCUGAGAGCGUAUUUCAUCUUGCUGCUGUGCAUUUUCCUGCUUGAGAUAAUUGCUGGAAUCUUAGCCUACAUCUAUUACCAGCAGUUCUUCCCUGUGAACCCACAGCUGAAUGCAGAGCUCAAGCAAAAUCUGAAGGAGACAAUGACCAAGAAGUACCAGAAGGAGGGAGAAGAGGGUGUGACCAGUGCAGUGGACAAAUUGCAGCAAGAGUUUAAGUGUUGUGGCAGCCAUAAUUAUACAGACUGGAGUGACAGUGAUUGGAUCAAAUCUCCUGAAGCAAAAGGGAGGAAGGUCCCGGACAGUUGCUGCAAGACAAUAACGACAAAUUGCGGAACAAGAGAUCAUCCUUCAAACAUCUAUAAAGAGGGUGGCUGCAUCACUAAACUGGAAAAUUUCAUCCAGGAGCACCUGAAAAUUAUUGGAGCAGUGGGGCUUGGCAUUGCAUUUGUACAGAUCUUUGGGAUGAUCUUCACUUGCUGUUUGUACAGGAGCUUGAAAUCAGAACCUUACUAGGUCCUUAAAGACCACCCACCUGCUCAACUCCAACACGUUCCAUCCUGUCACCCCACCCUUCAUCCAGCAGCGUGGAAGACUCACUCUCACAAGGACUUUUGCUGCUUAAUGAAAUUUAUUAUUGGAUAACCCAGUGCCUCUAACAGAGAAAACAGCUCCUUCCCUUUUAUGGCAAUUAAGGGGGGGGGGGCUGUGCUUCUUCACCCAGCUGUGUUUCUUUGUGGUCCAAAAUAAUGGAGACUUGCAAGGAACUCUUCCAAGCCAAGCCUGACCUGGAGUCUGAGAGAGAGCUCUCAUCCAGUGCCUCUGUGUUUCCUCUUCAGCCCUUUGAAUCAAGAUGUCAGCUGUUUCCUGAGGGAUGACAGCUGACUUGCAAACAUUGGAAGAGGCAUAUGCAGGGUGUAGGUUUCACUACUUUCUUCCUGUAUGCCUGUUUGUAAAACCAGAAGUUUGAUGGCAGCUCCACCCCAUCCAUGGCGGAUACUGUUCUUGCCAGCUGCUUCCCAUGCUGGACAGUCUUUCACCAUGAAUUUCCUGAGACUACACCCAAGAGAUGGAUGAACUAGGCUACCCAACUAAGUCAGCAGCUCUUUUCUCAAAGCCUCCCUCGCUCUUUCCCUCCCUUCCACCAGUUGGACAAAGUCCCUUUAAAAUAGAGAGAAGUGUUGUGCCUUUCAAGCUAUGUGCUGGAGGACAUUUUUUGUUCUCUUAAUUAGAAGCCUUAGUCUAUUUAAUAAAAAAGGAAAUAAGAAGAAACCAUACAACUCUGGAAGUUUCAAUUAAAAUGGUUUCCUGCCAUUGCAAGGUUGUCAAGGUGCUGUCAUGAUAAACCCACUUUGUGGAGUAAAAGAUGCCCUGACUUAGACCCUUCCCUAGAAUAAAGCUUCAUUUAUUUAGAGAGAAGAUAAAUGAAUAGAAAAUAACAUUGCUAGCUUUUAAAUCAAUCUUCAAGGUUUCAUUAGCCAGCGAUGUAUCUGACUGGGCUUGAGACCUAGAACUCGGCUCUCCUAUUUCCUUUCUUGGUAAUUUACUGAGUGUGCUUCUUUUUUUGAAGUUGACUUAACUAAUAUUUUUUAAAAUAUUGGUAGUAAGGCAAACACCAAAUUAAUUACUUGGCAGGAAGGAGACGAGUGCAUGAUAUCUUCUGUAGCCACAGUGCCUAUUUCCUCUUUCAUAGAGGAAGUUGUCUUAGGAAUGACUUACACCACCAGAUUUGCUAGAUUUCCCAAAAGUUCCAUCUAUACCAAAGGUUUUCAUAGAACCUGUCUAUAGUAGUUAUUUUCUAAGCAUCCUUUUUAUUGUCCCGUUUCUAUGGCCAGUGCGAAAAUAUUGCCUAAUUUUAAGUUUUUCUAUUAUACUACUACCUUAUGCUUUGGUUUCAGUACUGGAACGUUUUGGUUAAUACCUUUUUCACACUUUCUCUGUGUGUCUAAUUCAGCAGUAUGUACAAGAAUAUACUUCCCAUAACUUUGAGAAUCUACUAUACGUAGAUAAUUGUGGCAGCUUAUGUGUUGACAUCAUUAACUUCUAUUCCAGAUUGUUGCCUUGCAACUCCAUAGCAGACUUUCACCCCUCUCCCCUCUAUUUACAGACCUAAGAAUGUUAAUAAACAAACAGUCUAGAUAUAUUUAGUUUUUCCCUUUGAAUGUCAAUCACUUUAGACCCAGUUGUCCUUCUGCCAUGACCUCAUGAGUUUCCUCUGCUCACUAGAUGUGACUUUCUUCCAUCUGAAAUGGUGACAGAAGACCAUGUUUAUUUUGAAAUUAUAGGUGGCUUAUGGCCUUGUAGCUCUGUGCAGACUCUGGCAGGACAGCAUUUCACAUAAACAUGUUCUUGUAACUAAUUUUUAGUGUGGCGUGUGGCAUCAUUGCCGAGGCAUGUCCUCUUGGCUUUGUCAAGAGAUCUCAAUCUGAGAGAGUAUUAAAAAGGCAACUGGGGAGGUGAAGAUGAGUCUUUCUAACUGCAAUAUGUGCAGUAUGUUCAUGCAAGGGAGAGAUUUUGUGCCAUUCUCAUUGUUAAGGAAGAAAAAUAUCUGUAUUACUGCAGGAUAAAUUGCUAAAUUAUUUGUUAAUAUCUGCAUGGUGUUUUCCCUUUGAGAAAUUGAUGACUAACUACUGACUUAGACAUUUGAAACAGUAUUUGACUACUGAAGUGUUUGUGUAUAUGGCUUGCCUUCUUUUUCCCCCUUGUCCUCCUGGGAACCAUAUAAGAAAAGGAAGUGAGGACCCGGUGUAUCAGUUGGCAGUCUGUGCCUGAUCCUCUCUUUUCUUCAUACCAUAACCAUGCUUUAAAUGCAUUUUUAUGUUGCUGGUCAAUAAAGCUUACAUGUCAUA